AUGGCCCACGCCCUCCCCAUCCCCUGCCCGGUGCAGAUCGGCACAGUGAGAAACGAAUCCCUCGAAGCCCGUUUACAUGAGUUCGUGAAGCAAGGGAACUACGCCAAAGUGAAGAAGCUCCUCAAAAAAGGGAUCUCUGUCAAUUCCGUCAAUUCGUUGGGACAGACACCUUUAUUCACAGCCUCCUUGCUUGGUCUUGAAAAACUUGUUGACAUUCUUCUGGAUUAUGGUUCAGACCCAAAUCACCGUUGCUACGAUGGGAGCACUCCAGUCCAUGCUGCAGCCUUCUCAGGCGAUCAGUCAAUUCUUAGUAAAUUGCUGGAUGCAGGGGGAGACCUGCGAGUCCACGACAAGAAUGGGAGGAACCCCCAAAGCUGGGCCAUGACAGCCGGGAAGGAUAUUAGUGCUCAGAUGCUAGAGUUCAUUCAGCGCUGUCGGGCACACAUGCAGGCUGCCCUCCAGAGUAACUCCUUUGAGCUGCUCAGGAAAGUGGACUCUCCUAAAGGCUUAGUUUUUGCCCUCUCCAAGUUUGGGAGCAUCACACAGGGAACAAGCGACAGCCCACUGGGAAGGUUCCUGAAACGUGGAAACAGCCCUCCCCCAAACCUUUACAGUUUUGGCUAUGGGAAGUUUUAUCUCACCGGUGGCAAGCUGGGCUGCCUAGCUUCGUUCCCGAUCAUUGCAGAUACGGAAAUAUCUCAGGCUGAUGAUGAACCAACUUUCUCCUUUCCUGCUGGGCCAUACAUGACAAUGACCAGCUUGAUGUGGCGCGGGAGCCAAGUCACAGUGAAGGAGCUCAAUAUGAAGCCCCACCCGCAUUGCAGCAAACUGUGCCUCUUUGACCUCCUCCUUGCAGAACAGGAGUACAAUAGCAAACUACGCCACCCUCAUCUGCUGCAGCUGAUGGCUGUCUGUUUAUCCAGUGACUUGGAGAAAACCCGAUUAGUGUUUGAGAGGGUUAACUUUGGCUCGCUCUAUAGCAUCCUACAUGAGAGGCGCUCCGAAUUCCCAAUCAUACACAUGGAGACUAUAGUCCACAUCCUGCUCCAGGUGAGCGAUGCUUUGAGGUUCCUCCACCUGUGCGGCUUCAUCCAUCGCACUGUUAGCUCCUACGCUGUGGUGAUCGUUUUGCCUGGGGAGGCCAAGUUGACCAACCUGGAGUACAUGAUUGAAAGCAAGGAUGGAGGAGAGCACAGUGACCUGACACGGGUUCCCAUCCCUUCCCAGCUCUAUAAGUGGUGUGCUCCAGAAGUGAUUCUCGAGAGGCCUGCCACCACCAAAUCUGACAUUUACAGCUUCUGUGUGGUGAUGCAGGAGGCACUCACAGAAACCAUUCCCUGGGAUGGAUUUGAAGGGUCAGAUGUUAGGAAUCUCCUUACUUCUGGGCAAUGGUUAGAAGCUGAUGCCAGGCUCCACAAACCCUACUACGACAUUGUGAAGAUUGGCCUGGAGCCCAGGCCUAAGCCACGCACCAUCAGCCUGCAAGACAUCCGCUACAUUCUGAAGAACGACUUAAAGGAUUUGGUCCAGUCUCACAGGAACCGCCUUGGUGGGAAUUGUGGGCCACCGAAGACUGAGGUCCCUUCUGACAUCAAUAUCUGCUUGCCAUCAGCCUCCGCUGCCUCAUUGAAGAUACCAGAAGCUCAAGGAGAGUCAGCCCAAAUUGCUAAGAGUUUCACUGUGUCAAGAUGUGCCGCUUCCCGUGAAGAUGGCGCUGGCAUCGUCCAUGACCCCCAGCCUGCAAUUCGCAUGGCUCAGUCAAGCCCGAUCUUGGAUGCCAGCACACAGGGUGAUGCCAGUGAUGCAAACGACAGCCUUUGCAGCUUUGUGAUAAACGAGAUCUAUACCUGUUACUCUGAUUUAUGUGAGGAGAGUGUGGAGGGUGAAGAAGAAGAAGAAGACGUGGGGAAGCAGGGCCCCGAAACCCAAAGGGAGUUGCAGACUAUUCCAAGUCACAGAGCUGAAAUCCAACUACCCGAAGAACCCACCAAACUCCAGAAUUGGCAGAGGAGCUUCAGCGAAGAAAGCAACUCCGACACGGAAGCAGAGUGUCAGGAAGAGGAGAUGAGUGAUGCCCCGGAGUCCUCUCAGAGUCCCGCUGGACAGACUACAGGUUGUGACAGCAACAGAGGCAAAAUGAGUCUGUCCUCAUUUGAGCAGAAUUUUGGAAAGUGUGUCCUAACUCUAACCAUUUGUCAGACGAAGCUGCGGGAAGCAACCGAAUCUCUCUGCCGCACGGAAAACAUCUUGGAUAAAGUGGAAGCCAACCCACAGUGGUGCCAGCCUCUUCCAAGGGCUCUGCAGGAACAACCACACAGUACCUCUGCUUCUCUCCAGGCCCACUCUGAGAAAGUGAAUGCCGCCUUGAGAAAUAUUAAGGGGCCCUACUCUGGAGAUAGGGUUCUCCUGUGGAAAGCAGUGGGCCCUCCGUCAAAGGACUAUAUCCCUCCGCCACUACGCAAUCCAAACAACUUCCAUCCCCUAGUCAUUCCUACUUUCCAAGUCCUAGAAAAGGAGUGCAAGGACAACAGCAGAAGCCAAGACACCACAUGCUGGAGCGAUUUUGGAUUGGAAGUACCUGAACGGCUUGGGGGCAGAGGUGGAGCAGAGCCAAACUAUCAGGUUUUGCAUCCAGGUGUGACCGUCAGAAGGAAGAAGAACACAAGCCCCCAGCCGCAUUGUGGGAGCCCCAAAGUGGAUGCUUCGGAGGGGUUUUCUUCCAAAUCCAUCCCUGAAAUGUACGAAGCAGGUCUGAGGAGGGAGGAGAGGAGAAUGGUGCAGCCUGAGUGGACAAUGGAAGUGAAGCAGAUGGCCAAAAAGACCGCUUCUGGUCAUCUUGGCCACCCUGCUCAGUACCCUCCUUCAAGUGGCUGGACCUCGGAGAGUGAAACAGAAAGCCAGCAGAGCCCCACCAGCCGAGAACAAAUCCGGCGCUGCCCCCCAAAUAAUGCAGCAGGAAGACAGCAAAUUGGCCGCGGAGUUGGAGACCACAAGCUGUUCUUUGACUCUGAAGAGGAGAAAGUGCCGAAAAGAAUUGCGGGAGCCCAGAGCCAAAGCAAAAGCAGCCAAUUUCCAACAAAGAAAGACCUAAUGACAUGUGGCGUAACCUUGCGCAAGAAUGCAGCCCUUUCUGUCACUGCGGAGGACCUUUGCAAGGGCCGGCUAGAGGGUCGAAUUGAUUCCCCAUCUUCCUCUGUGGAUGUAUCGGAGGAGUUUCUAACUGCUGACGAGGAUCUUGUCACCUCUUUAGCUCCUCACGAGAAUUCAGAAUUUGAGAGUUCGAUUAUUGAAGAAGAUCUGGAAGUAACCUAUAUAGUGUGUGGGCCAGAUGACUUGGAAGUCUCCCAAGAAAUCUGUCUGGAGAAAGACCAUCCCAUAACUACAGGGCAAGUCUUUGGGACUCAAGAGUGA